CCUUCUACUGCUGCUCAUAGGAACUCCUCACUGCCGCGUUUCCAGUCGCUCACAAACUUCACUGCAAAUGACUCUGCGGCUCCAACUUUUGUUCCACAUAACUCAUUUGGUUUCGAUACCCUGCUGGAUUAAGCCCAUAAACUUUUGUUAUUCGUCCAAAGAAGUUUUUUUUUUCACGACAGCGCAGGUACAAUGACCGCAUUCUGCAGCAGAUCGACUGAUUAGGGGAGUGAGACCCAGUUUUCUGCAGGGCUGCAGUGUUUUUGCACUGUGACCUGUAGUUUUGGACACAGAUAGUGAAGUGGACACAGACACUUUAGGAUCAUGGAUAUCGGCAAUGAUGUGGAUUUGUCCAAUAAAAACAUCACCCCAUUGUGGAAACGCCGCACAGACUAUUAUAAAAAACCAGAGGACUCAAGCAAACCCAAACCGCGACCUGUCAGUUACCACAUAAAUGGGGACAUGACGGAGGACAGCGAGACUUCCUUCACCUUGAGCCAGCCUGCUGAGAGACUGGUGGUCACUCCUCCGUGUUGGGGCAAAAAUACUGUUGUGUUGAAGCACGUUCUGCACAAGCCCUCCCGGAAAUCCCGAGUAGUUCGAAGCAUCAGCAUCGGGCACCUCUCCAACGGACUCUUCUCACUGUCCAAAUUUAGGUCUGAGGAUAGCAGAUCCGCUUCACUGGACAAUAGAGUGUGUAAUGGAAACUGUGACGGUAGAAAAGUGACAGUAUGGCCGGAAAAGGGUCUUCAGGACCCCCAGAAAGGCAUGUCCAGUCCAUUCAGUCUGAGCUCACAGAAAGACCAGAUAGCAUUUGGGACGAGCUCGUCCUCACCCGAAGCUGUUCGUCUUCAGCGUUCCUCUCCUGUCCUGUCUCCACGUACUCCUAACUACAACCACCCUGAGCUCUCCUCCUUUUCAUCUGCAUCAAGCCCCUCUCCUCCAGCCCGGCGCACUCCCUCCCACAGCUCCACCUCCAGCAUCCCCUCCCUCUCUUCCCUUACCUCCUCAGACCCUCCAACCCCACGCUCCCCGUCGCCGGCAGACAGAGGCCAGGCAAUCCUUAGACAGUCCUCAUCUUCGCCCGCAUCUUCACAGGACACCAGGCAUGCCUCUUCCUCUUCUUCCUCCAUUUCGUCCACCUCACCCUCUCCUUCACUUUCACCGUCUAUCUCUCCCCCUCCCUCCAUUGUUCUCAGCACCCACAGUCCUGCUGCCCUGAAGAUGGGCACUCAGCAGCUCAUCCCCAAGGGCUUAGCAUCUGAUAUUCGGCAGAACAAGGUGCCUCCCUCUGGGCAGCAAGGCCAUGGUUUGGCAGGGCUGCUGGGGUUGGAUCAUUCCAAGCGAGCGUUGAAAGCCCUCAGCAUGGUGGAAACAGGAACCUACUUUUCUACAGUAGGGGGCCACGGUGAGAUGGAUGGGGAAAGUGAAAGCACAGGGACACUAAGAAGAGGCCUGAGGAGUACGUCCUACAGGAGGGCCGUUGUGAGUGGAGUAGACUUAGAAGUCCCGUCGGUAGAUCCAAAGGCCCAUCGGUUGUCCCACCCUGUCAUCAAAGGGCUAGAUGGGGAUAAACCAGAUUCACCAGUCACCCCAUCAAGUCCUGGCACUGUAAGCCUCACUAUCCCAGGAACAGCCAAGCCUGCGAGCCCUGUGUCACCCACACUUUCCAGCCCUGGGACACCCAAAUCUGUCAGCCCCAGAAUCUCUAAUCCUGCUAGCCGUGGGAUAGAAAAGCCUACCAGCACAGGGAAAAACAAGAGUCCAGAUAAGAAGAAAAUUUUGACCAGUCAGCGGACGUUUGACAGUGAGGAAGAGGAGCUGUACCAGAAUUACCAGGAGAAGGCAUUACAUGAUGACUCAGAUGAGGAUGCAGAUUCGAGAGAACCCAAACCUGAUAACGGCAUUGUGGUGCAGUACAGACCUAUACGUAUCUCCUGGAGUCAACUCAGUGUGGUCAAGAAACGUGGUCUCUGUGACCAGAUGACUCAGGAGGAACGCAAAAGGCAAGAGGCCAUUUUUGAGGUGAUUUCGUCAGAGCACUCUUAUCUGCACAGUCUGGAGAUCCUGAUCCGCAUGUUCAAGAACUCUGCAGAGCUCAGCGAGGCCAUGACCAAGACCGAACACCACCACCUCUUCUCCAACAUUGCCGAUGUCUGUGAAGCUAGCAAAAAGUUCUUUAAGGAACUGGAAGAAAGACACCAACAGAACAUAGUGAUCGAUGACAUCAGCGACAUUGUUUGCAAGCAUGCCCAGGCGAACUUUGAUCCCUACAUCACAUACUGCUCCAAUGAGGUCUACCAGCAGCGAACCCUGCAGAGGCUGGUGUCCAAGAAUCCAGUUUUGAAGGAGGUGCUGACCAGGAUAGAGGGCCACCCAGAUUGCAGGAACCUCCCCAUGAUCUCCUUCCUCAUCCUGCCCAUGCAGAGGAUCACUCGCUUGCCCCUGCUCAUGGAUACAAUUUGUCAGAAGACACAAAAAGACUUGGACCAAUAUGAAGAGUGUAAGAGGGCUUUACAAGCAGUUAGCAAGGUGGUAAGAAAGUGUAAUGAAGGAGCUCGCACAAUGGAGAGAACAGAGAUGAUGUAUACCAUCAACUCUCAGCUGGAGUUCAAGAUCAAGCCUUUCCCCCUGGUCUCAUCCUCCAGGUGGAUGGUAAAGAGAGGAGAGCUGACUGCAUUUGUGGAGGAAAACGGCAUCUUCCACAAGCGGAUGUCACGGCAACAGGUCUAUUUCUUCCUCUUCAAUGACGUCCUCAUCGUCACCAGGAAGAAGAGCGAGGAGAGUUAUACUGUGAUAGACUACGCUCUGAGGGACCAGAUCUGGGUGGGUUCCUGCCUGCCCGAGGAUCUCAACCUGUCACCGGUCCGAAGUACCGCCAGCAUGCUGAGCUCACGGCAAGGUGGCGCCAACCAUCUUUUCCGUCUAUGUUUCAGAAGCAACCACUCCGGAGAAAAAGUGCCCAUGAUUCUGGGGGCAGAGUUGCUGAAUGAGCGUGCUCGAUGGAUCAGUGCUCUGGGUCAGAAUGUCAACAACAACAAGAGUCAGGACAGAACCAAUGUCAUGCAGAUGGAGGUGAUCAGAACUUACACAGCCAAGCAGCCAGAUGAGCUGUCCCUGCAGGUAGCUGACGUGGUGCUGGUCUCGCAGACUGUAGACGACGGCUGGUAUGAAGGGGAGCGACUGCGCGACGGAGAAAGGGGAUGGUUCCUUGCGGAGUGUGCCCAACCAAUCACGUGCCAGGCCACCAUUGAGCGCAACAUGCAGAGGAUGGACCGCCUACAGGGGUUGGAGACUAAUGUGUGAGCAGGACGAGCUAGCCGCUCAACCCACAGAGGGCUUUUCUCAGCUGUUAAGAGACCUUUUGACAGACCAUGACCUGCCUUUUUAAGCAGUGUACCCAGACAAAUGACUUCAGUAACAGCAUCAGUGGCCUGCCUUCAAGGACCAGUGUGGCAGCUGAACUUUUUACACAGGGAUAAAGAUGAAGCCAUAGUUCAGCUCAGAGUCCACUAAAUAGUUCCAAAGCAAACUGUUGACUGUUCAGAACAACCACGAUGAAAGAACAGAGAUUUCCUUAAUUACUGAUCGGUCCCUGUGUGGGUGGCAUGGCUCAACGGUGGGACCUGUCGCAUUCAUUAAUUCCCCGGUCGGUUAGAAAACUUCACACCCAUUGCCAGAGCCACUGCUUUCAACACCCUGCUACAUAACCGUUGGUGUGAAAUUUGUAAAUUGUGGUGUUGUUUUUUUUAAAACAUAUUGAGUAUAAGUGAUGUGCAAUGUAAUAACUGACACUACAGUACCGCUAUAGGAGGUAAAGUGAAAAUGACAACAGCUUGAUAUGUACUCUGUUAAUGAGGCUCAGGCCAUGUGAUUAGGAGUAUUGCCAGUAAUCAUACAACUAUGAAGAUGCUGAUUGUUAAAGUAAUAAGGCAAGAGGGUGGGAUUGGCAGCUUCUUUACCGUGUGUGGGUUAGUGUAGAACUCCGAUGAAGGGAGGUAUAAUCUUAGAUGUCAUCUAUUGGCUAAGCAGAAGGGGCAAGUGUCCAUUCUCUACUUUGCUGUUUAUCAUCAGUUAAUGUCAACUCCAUGAAUCAGAAAUUUGUGUCACUCACUCAAUGAUUUGGACAUCCUGAAAUAUCGCACACACUUGAUGCCAGCCAGAGGUGGAUAUAUAAAUACCCCCCCUUUAGGAUUUAUAUAUGUGAGGUUACAGAGGCAAGCUGAGAUUAAUUUGUGUGUGCUGAUGCUGAGACCAGAAGAGAAGAGCAGCCCUGCUUUUAAUGUGAUUGUCCUGUGUGAGUCAUAUUUUUAGUGUUGCCAUGACCAGCCAAAGGAAAUGAAUGGCUUGGACAGAGUGUGGCGAUAACAUCAUCUAUCAAGCCCACUGUCCUGGCUCCAGCCCAAAUGACGACCACAACUGUUGAGCUACACGAAGAAAGGUAUGACAGUAGUGGAGCAGAGCACCCAGCAGGAGAGACCCGAGUAUCCAGAAUCUGAAAAAAACAGAUGAAGCUUUGCAUUUGCACUCAGGGAAAAUAAUCUAUGCAAUACCACACGUCCAAGCAUGAACUGAUCUUUAUUUCAAUCACUUCCUGCACUUCCUGUAACUAUUGUAAAUCAUCGAUGUACAUGUAAAUAUGUAAAACAGCCUGAACUGUAACAUGUAUGUUUUCCAAAAAUACAGAUUUAUAUUGCAGAAACUUGGUUAUUCAACCUUAUAUUUUAAUCAGCCACUAUAAAUAAAAGCUUAAUUGCU